CUAUGUCUGGAAAUACACUCAAUUUUCACGCUUUGAUUUUUCUUCAAUAACUCUCAAUUUUGAAACAUGUCAGAUCAAUAUACAAUUUUUGUUUCUGCUAUUACUGUUGAAACGACUCAAUAGCUGACAUAUCUAUCAUAAAUUCAACUGAUGUUCUGACACAAAUGGUAAGAUGGGUAGCCAGCUGUCUAAUAAGGUGUCCAGAUACAGUGGCAAUGUAUAGUGUCCAUUCUUUGCGACCAAACAGAAAUUUAUGUUAUUUAUAUACAGAUUAGAAGCAAAUUAUCAUUGCUUCGACUUUAGCUCACUUAUUGCCGGAAAACAUUGAGGAUGGAGGCAACUUUCAUGAAGGAUGAAACGAAUGUCUUAAUUGCCAUGCCUGUUGGAACAGCUGGUGGUAAUACGAAUUUAAAAACCCAAACUCAAGCAAUCAGAAAAACUUUCACAUGUGACGUCUGUGGUAAAGAACUUCACAAAUGUCACGUCAAGAGCCAUCUUCGUACGCACACAAAAGAAAAGCCAUACUCAUGCCAAAUAUGCAAUAAGGAAUUUUCUCAGAUAUGCAAUUUAAACCAACAUCUACGCACUCAUACAAAAGAGAAGCCUUAUUCUUGUGAUGUAUGCAAUAAACAAUUUACUCAGAAAUGUCAUUUAAAUAGGCAUUAUCAAACUCAUACAAACGAAAAGCCUUAUUUUUGUGACGUGUGCGGAAAAAAUUUUUCUCAGAAAGGUAAUUUAAAUGAGCAUUAUCGAACUCAUACAAAUGAGAAACCUUAUUCGUGUGAUGUAUGCGGAAAAGAAUUUUCUCGGAAAAUUUGUUUUAAGAAUCAUUUAUUUACUCAUUCUGAGGAAAAGCCUUUUUCUUGUGAUGUAUGCAGUAGAGAGUUUUCUCAGAAAUCUCAGUUGCAUAAGCAUUAUCAAACUCAUUCAACCGAAAAGCCGUAUUCUUGUCAAAUAUGCUGCAAGGAAUUUUCUCAGCAACGUUAUUUAAAGAAACACUCUCGUAUUCAUACAAAUGAAAGGCCAUUUUCUUGUGACGUAUGUGGUAAACGUUUUACCCAGAAAACACAUUUAAUUUGUCAUUCUAGAACUCAUAAAAGUAAAAAUAAAUUUUCCUGCAAAGUGUGCAAUGAAGAAUUUUCGGAGAAAUGCCAACUAAGUGAACAUUAUCUGACUCAUACAAAUGGAAAACCUUUUUCUGUGUUGUAUAUAUUUAAAAAGAUUCCCAGAAAAACUAUUUAAUUUCACUUUAUCAUACCUUCACAAAUGAAUAAUUUCUAUCUCUUAAUUAGUGUAGGGAAGAACUACUUUCUCCCUACAUUUCAAGAAGCAUUUCGACCUCAUGAGGGGGAGGGGGACGAAAUGUUCGCGUAUAAGCUGAAAAGAAACUUAAUCAAACAUUAUUUAAGAAACGAAAUUAUGUCUCAUUAAUAUGUGUAGAAAAGAAUUUAAAGAUAAAAUAAGCAAGAUUUUAUAUUAUCUUAUUUAUAUACGCUGCAUCAGAAACAACUCAUGCAAUGUGGACGUGGUGAUAUUUAACGCCCAACGUUGUAGGAUGAUGCGUUUCGAAUUAACGAUGCCUUUUCUGCUAAUUAUGUCUUUAUUCAUACAGAAAAUUAUGUCUUUUUCUGAUUAAUUUUGAAUCAAUAAAAAAUAUUAAGAAGAUUUUUUAAUAGAAUAUAGAUAAAUUUGAACAAACCAAUUACUAAUUAACUAAGCAAUUGCUAAUUUUCCAUUUUUUCCCCCGUUUUUU